GAUUUAGUUGAACGGAAAAUUUCAGUCGAAGUGGUUGCGUUUGCGGAAACAUGGAGUUUUCCUUUAAAGCUGUAAUAUUCCUCAUCCUGCUCGUGCAGACGGCUCGAGGCACUUUACGCCAGGAUGAAGAGGAUUUGGAAGAUCGAUUAAUGCAUCCUGAGUUCCGUAAUGAGAUACACGAUGCGCGAACUUUGAGGAGAGUGGGAGAGGAGACACAAGAAUUUUGGCUAAAUCAAGGCAAGGAGUUUAUCAGGCAACAGCAAAAACAACAACAAAAUACCAAGGUGGCCAAGAAUGUCAUAAUGUUUUUGGGCGAUGGCAUGGGUCUGACGACCCUGGUGGCAGCACGAAAUUACAUUGAGGGGGAGCACACCAAGCUGUCGUUUGAGGAGUUUCCCUACACCGGGCUCUCCAAAACCUAUAGUGUGGACAAAAUCACCCCCGAUUCGGCCACCACGGCCACAGCCUAUUUGUGCGGAGUCAAGGCCAAUUAUGGCACAAUCGGGGUGAAUGCCCAUGUCAAUCGCGACAACUGUGAGGCAAUGCGUGAUAGCUCCAAUCAUGUUUACUCCAUUGCCAAAUGGGCCAUGGAUGCGGGUAAAUCAGCCGGUUUUGUGACCACCACCAGAAUAACCCAUGCCUCACCGGCUGGGGUGUAUGCCCACACGGCGGAUCGUGAAUGGGAGAACAAUGAUGAUCUGGAGUCAUAUUGUGGUGUCGACAGUGGCCUCGACGAUAUUGCCGUGCAAUUGAUACAUGGAGAGGUGGGUUCACGCCUCAAGGUCAUGAUGGGUGGUGGCAAGCGCAACUUCCUUGACAAGUCCGUCUACAGCAAGGGUUUGCGCACAGAUGGCCGUAAUCUCAUCGAAGAGUUCCUGGAAAUGUCCCCCCGCAAUGCCUACGUGGAGACCAGAGAGGAAUUGGAAAAUUUGGAUUUGACAAAAAUUGAUCGCCUGCUGGGUACCUUUAGCAGUAACCACAUGGACUACCAUCUGGAUGCCAUUGCCAAUCCGAGCAACACUCAACCCACCUUGGAGGAGAUGACCAAAAAAGCCAUUGAAUUCAUGCAGCAGGAUAAUGACAAGGGUUUCUUCCUCUUUGUGGAGGGGGGUAAAAUUGAUUUGGGCCACCACUCCAACAAGGCCCGCAUGGCCUUGGAUGAAACCAAGGAAUUUUCACAGGCCAUUGCCUUGGCACGACAAAUGACCAGUGAGGAGGACACACUUAUUGUGGUGACCUCAGAUCACUCGCACACCUUUAGCGUGGCUGGUUAUCAGGAUCGUGGUACGGAUAUUUUCAGUCUACGCACCUCGGACAGCGAUGGUAUGGCCUAUUCGCCCCUUAGCUAUGCCAAUGGCCAGGGUUAUUAUUCCUAUUUCAAUGACAAGGCCACCAAACGUAUUGACCCCAAUUUGGUGUUGACCGGUGAUGCCAAUGACCUAUUCCCCGCCACCGCUCCCCUCUCUACCGAAACCCAUGGAGGUGAAGAUGUGGGCGUUUUUGCCGUGGGGCCUUGGUCACAUCUCUUUACCGGGGUCUAUGAACAAAAUACCAUACCCCAUAUGAUGGCCUAUGCGGCGUGCAUUGGAGAUGGCCUCAAGGCCUGCGAUACCUUAUCGUAAAACGUGACUUCGAUUAUUGUAGGUUGUAAAUUUUGAUUUUUGAAAAAAAAAAUGUAUAAACAAAUAAAGAUAUGAGUGAAAUGAGA